ACUGUGAAGAGAAACAAAGAGCAGAGGAGGCGCAGCCAGAAAGAAAGAGAAGAGAAGAGAAGAGAAGAGAGCAAUGGCCGAUAACAAAGCCGUGACCGUCCGUACCAGGAAGUUCAUGACAAAUCGUCUUCUCUCCAGGAAGCAAUUCGUCAUCGAUGUUUUGCAUCCAGGAAGACCAAACGUCUCCAAGGCUGAGCUGAAGGAGAAACUGGCAAGGAUGUACGAAGUCAAGGAUACAAAUGCCAUCUUUGUUUUCAAGUUCCGCACCCAUUUUGGAGGGGGUAAAUCCACUGGUUUUGGCCUGAUUUAUGAUUCUGUAGAGAAUGCCAAGAAGUUUGAGCCAAAGUACAGGCUGAUCAGGAAUGGACUGGACACUAAGGUGACAAAGUCAAGGAAGCAAAUCAAGGAAAGGAAGAACCGAGCCAAGAAGAUCCGUGGAGUCAAGAAGACCAAGGCUGGUGAUGCUGCCAAGAAGAAAUGAGCUUCUACUCAUCUUGAGUUUCCAUGUUUCUGCAGCAACCUCCCGUUUUCUUGUUUUCAUUUGUUAGUGAACAUUAAAAUAUCCGGAUGUUUUAAUUUUACUUUUGAGUUGAGGCUCUGAUAGACGAUGAAUUAUGUAGUAGCAUCUAAGCUUUGAAUUAAAUUAUAUCCCCUGUUUUGCCCCCACUAAUAAUAGUGAUGAUCAUCUAUGUUUUGUCAUUC